AUGAACAUUCAGAAGUGUUUCAGGCUUCAGCACCAUCACACGUUGCCGUGGGCUCUACGACAUCUACGUCGUUUUCGACUAGGGACUGACACGUCACGGGUGCCUCUUUUUGACGAUAAUGAAUCGGGGACCUGUGUACAGGCAACGUCCGGUCAAGAGUACGGAGCGACAACGGAGUCUCUCCAACCCCUGGAGCCUCAACACCCCCCGACGCAGACCUCAUCACUACUGUGCCUCCCACGAGAAUUACUACUUCAAAUCAUGAUCCUCUCACCGCAUAGUUCUCUUUAUAUGGUCUACCAAACCUGCGGCUUCUUUCGUCAUCUACUAGGCGGCUUUGAAUUCAAAUACUUUCGACUAGAAAUGCUGCGAAGCAAUGAAGAAGCGUACUGCAUUACGAAAGCCGGAUUCGACGAGCUAUUUAUUGUCAAAAGUCUGUUCCGCCGCAGAAGUCUGUGCGAUCCUUGCGGCAAACUCUUCGACUCUGGCGAGCUUGAUAAAAGGCUUAGAGCUCUCUGGAAACCAGUUCUAUGUACUGGGUGCAACAGACGCCAUCCAGAGCUUUUAUUCCCUCAGGGUCAGCGGACAGAACAUCGCUGCGUCGGGCUCCUUGGUCACUUUGCAGUUUGCAAACAUCUCAAAAUAUCCGGCAAGACGCUGGACAUACCCUGGCGAAAGAUAGAGAGGCGAGAGGAUGAUGAGGUGGUGAUGACGUGCAAACACCCUGAUCAUGUUUCAGUCUACGAUAAAUAUGACGGUUUAUUGAGCGGUCACAUAUUUCAGCCACGUAUCAAAUAUUGGCCUACAUUAACAGGUUCGGGCAGCGAAUAUUCCAGAUCCUUUCCGAUGGUGAAGAUUCGUCGCCGACAAGAUGUCGACAUCGGGAAAUUGAGGUCGAUAUUGUUGAAGCAACUACAAGAAUUGGACGGCGAUGGGCUGUGCCAACAUGCAUCUGGCCAACUCGAAUCUAUCGCAUCUUUCAUGACCCUGGACAAACAUCGUUGUCUUUCCAAAGGGUCGACAUGGUGCCAUAACCAUGAAUGUCCUGACUGCACCUACGCUUGUAAUGAGUGUGGAGCACGAUACCGCUGGGUCUGGGAAAGGAAUUGUGUCAUACUUCGCAUUCGGAUGAAGAAGUAUUUCUUUUACCCAAACUCUAUCAACUGGCUCUCAAACCUCAGUUUUGAAACUGAUGAGCACCCUAUUCUCAACAAGGAUACCAAGAAUGUAUUAUGGUGCUCCAGUCCUGGUUGUGGUACAGGCUCUGGAGAAAGAUGGUUAUUGAUGGUGGAGAUUUUCCAGAGACAUAACCUAUGCUAUUGCGUGAAAGAACGUGAGCUUGAGGUCCGUUGCAUGACUUCACUGGAUAGGCUGUUUUUAACACUGGAACAUCAGACUUUGCAAGAUGUAAAAUAUUGGCGUGCAGGGCAUGGACCCGGUGGGUAUUGA